CAACUUAAACUAUUCAGGUAAAAAUGGCUUCUUUCCAUGAUGAAUGAGAGUUCCGGCGUAACUAAGGUGAAGACGAAGAGGUUGAUGUGAUCUCAGCGGAGCCCAUUGUAAUGAUAGUGCCGCCGGAGUUACAAGACUCGCCUAGAACCGCCACGCCAAAGAGUAGCACUAGUGCGAGCGCAGGUGGUGGUUCUAAGGACCACCAGCCUUCAACCUUUAGCAAUUCGUGCACGGAAGAGACACCCAGUGAAACAGAGGGUGGUGAAGAGCCUGGUUGCAGUGCGCCGGCGGUGAGUAUAGCAGUUGAGGUGGUUCCGUUUGAAGGGUGGGAGAGCAAGGUUCUCAAUGGAAGACUGGAAAACCUCCGCAAGGCCCCCAAAACCCUACCGGCGGGCUUUAGGUUCAGGGCGACACUACAUCACGAAGUUGCAGACGGUGCGGCCAUAGUGAAGGGAUACAAGAAGUUGGAGGAGAUGUACGAGCUAGCCCUUUCGCAACUUGCUCCCAACAGCAUAAAGUUCAUCAUAGGCUUUAUGCUGUUGUGCGAAAGGUUGGGGAUGCCUGCAAAGGUGGUGGUCUUCAGGUCGCUCUUCCUGUGCCGUCUGUGUCCCUCCACCAGCAGUACGAGAUGGUAUUACAUCUCUAGGAGAAAGAAGAUGAUGAUAUUCACCAACAUCAGAAAUAAGGUGGCGAGGUGGAAGAGACAGUUCAUUUUCAUCCGUGAUACACGAACUAAGAGGAUCAAUAAUGAGCUCGCCGCCCGUCUGUCAGAGUGGCGUACACCUAACACGUACAUGAACUACCCACAGUUGACAAGUGGUGAUAUCGACCUGAAGAACCGACUGCUCGACUAUGUGAAGGCGAGGGGUUUGGUGGAUCUGGAAGCCUUUGUUACCCUGGAUCAGAUUGCACUUCUUGGGUUUGUCGACGUGGCAAACCUUCACGGGGAAGGCAGCGUCAGAGGCCACAAGGCUGAAGGGGUCGGGGAGCUGGGUUCGGUUCCCAGCGUCAAUCCCGCUUUGACGAGCGGCCACCUGCUGCACCUGGGCGUAGCUCACAGCACCGAAGUUCCAGCUCGGCGCAGAGGCCACGUGCCGAGCAGAGAACUGAGCUUGCGCCCUCCAACUCUAGAAGGCGCACAAGGGAGGACUCUGACGCAGAGGAUGACGUUCCACUCAUCCGGCGAAGGACGAGUACCUGCUCGCAGCCUGCCCCAAGCGCCAGUUCGCGAGGCGUUCAGUUACACCGUCGCACUCUUCGAGUGCGAGCAAGGAGCAAGGGCGCAGAACAACGAGCUCCAACAUAGCUGCAAACAACUGGCCUUUAAAAAAGCCAGUUUGGCUGACGAGGUUAGUUGUUUGCAGAGCUCGGAGAUGGCGAACCGAGUGGCAUCAGCCAAAAGUCGAGCUGAUGAGCUGGCCCGCAAGGUCAGCGAGCUGAGGGAGGAGCUUGACAGGGCUCGGGCAGAGAAGGAGAGUGGCAUUCAAGCUAUAAAGGAGGAGGUCGGCCGUGCAGAGGACCGGGCUAAGAAGGCCGAAUCUGAUCACGAGAAGACUCUGCACGAGCUGAGCGCCCUGAGAGAGAGGGUCUCACAAGCUGACCAGCAUGUCACUUGGGCUGAGGCGUCCUUAGAGAUGACCAAAAGGCUCCAUCAGCGCAACGUCUGCUUUGCUCGCGCACAAGGGGCGGAAUGGCUGGUGGGAGCAAAGAUGUUCCAAGACGCCGUCGCAGUUGCCUCUGCCAAUACUACCACAGACAUUUUCAACGAGGUUCGUGGAAAGGUGCUACGAGUCCAGGCUGACUUUCGCAUCAGUGAGCUCAACCAAGAAGGGAAGAGCCUCGCCCAGCCAACUGACACCAGGGUGAAGCUGAAAUGGGAGCUCAACGAAGAGGGGCUACCCAUGUGGCCCCCUUUUGUCGUUGAAGAGGGAGAGGACACGAGGGGUUGCCAAGCUUCGAUGCUUGGGUGGCGGACCCCCAUGAUAUGCCUGCUGAGCCGUCCAGCACUCCCCCCUUUGCUCAGCCUCAGCCUGAACCAGCCGCUGCUCCUGCUCUCUCUCCUGCCCUCUCUCCUCCAGAUCGGUCAUCUCCAGCUCGAUCUGCUACUGCACCAAAUGACGCAUCCAUCCCCGUUGACUUGACGGAUGACUAGCUUAGGACUUUUUGCUCUUUCUUUGGUAUUUCUUUUUGUAUUUUGUGUUUAUCAAUAAACUCAGUUAUUGUAU